AUGGCAAAACUCUGUCCUGUUAUAAAUCUAGAAGAUUCCGAUGAUGAGAUUCUAUUCCUUUCCUCCGCUCCUUGCAGUGGUGUGAUUCCUCCAGAAAUCGAAGCAGCUGUGCUCGAAUUCGAUCCUUCCGCAGCUCUUGCAUUCGAAGCGCAACUCCAGGCAGCAAAUGGAUUUGCUAUCGUCGAUGGACCUGGUUCGAAGGAUGAACAGGGGCCCAAUCACCAAGAUGGGAUCAAAAUGCAGGGAGCAGAGACUCCUGCUUGUACGGGCAAUCAACCGAAUAUUCCUAAUCAGGCACGGCCAAACGCAGAGAUCUAUCCUUUCGGCGAUAAAUUUUUCGCAGACCUCGCCGAAAGCAUAACACAGAAUUUUCCAUAUGAGCAAUUUGCUGAAGAGCACGGUUGCACCGCCGGCGAUGUGUACGAUGCGUUGCUUGCUACCGUUCCUUCGAGGGGCUGGGGCUUACACUAUCGCGCGAUGACCGAAGUAAAUGGAACAUUAUUGAUUGAAGAUCCGAAGAAACGUUCAUGCGAAGUUAAGAACGACGUUGGAACCCAAAAAGAGGCCGAAUAUGCAGCUGCACAAGACGAGGAUCAGAACGAACAUUUAAACGAGCAUGUUGGCCCAUUGACCAGCCUGCUUGAUACGAUUCCGUUGCAGCUCGAGGAAGUUGACACACCUAGCAGCGACUCUACCAACUUGGAUGAGCAGAUGGUGGAAGGAGUUGUUGAGAAGGUUGCACCGAUUCAAGAGUUCACCAAAGAUGAAGCACCCAAAACCGCUCCAGCAAAACCUUGCGCCCCAAUUACGCCACCACACUCCAAAGAUCGCAAACGGGUGCGCGAAGAAGACUCUGUCGAUUUGUCAUUUCUUAAAGGCAAUAAGUAUAUAACCUCAUCAGCGCCGCAUCCUUUCGAAUCUCCAUCUCCUCCGAAGAAACCUAGAACAUUCUACCCAGAACCCAAGCCCUUCGUUAAUAAUGCAAGGAAACUCGGGCCUUUUGAUCCUUUCGAAUUUGAUGACCUGGAGAUGCUCGACCCCAUUGAACAAUGGAAAAGAAUUUUCCCACGGAAAGAAGGCCGUCGCCGAGUGUAUCGCGAUUUUGCCGGAAGUUAUAUUGACGUGGUCCCGUCGAGCGAGCCUGCUAUCACUGGUUACUGCGGACAUUUUGGGGACAUGCUCGAAUCAGGCGAAAUCAAAAUCGUUCCGGGCCCCAAUGGUCGAAGAAAGUUUGUACUGGCCAAAGACAUGCCACAGUACCAGAGCACCACUGAUAUGGAUGUCGAAUAUGAAGAAGAAACCGACAUGGAUAGCGAGGAGAGCGGAGACGAUGAAGUCAUGGUUGAUCACUUUGUUGAUGCUGGGCAGGAUAGCGAUGAAGAUGCCUCGGUGCCAGAUGAAUUUUCCUACUUUUCUCCAUCUCCUUAG